AGUGACUGAUGGAGAACAGGCGAGGCUCUCAGUGAGAGUAUGGAUCCGGACAGUGGGGCAGAUAGUCAGCGAGCGCUCAGCCUGCAGUGGAAGAGCUACAAGCUCAUCCAGGAUCCUGCCAUUCGCAGGGUCGCCCAGAAAGUCUACCGAUACGAUGGAGUCCACUUCAGCGUGCCGGACUCGGGGUUUGCGCCGGUGGGAGAUUUGCGGGACCCACGACCUCGCAGGAUCUGGUCCAAGCGCACAGAGCUGGCCCUUCCAGUGCCCAAAUUUAAGCUGGACGAGUUCUACGUGGGCCCCAUCCCUCUGAAAGAGGUGACCUUUGCCCGCCUGAAUGACAACAUCCGCGAGCCCUUCCUGGCAGAGAUGUGUGCCAAGUUCGGCGAGGUGGAGGAGAUGGAGAUCCUCUUUCACCCGAAGACGCGGAAGCACCUGGGCUUGGCACGGGUCCUCUUCACCAGCACCAGGGGCGCCAAGGACACCGUCAAGCACCUGCACAACACCUCUGUCAUGGGCAACAUCGUCCAUGCCCAGCUGGACAUCAAAGGCCAGCAGAGGAUGAAGUAUUAUGACCUGAUUGUGAGUGGCUCGUACACCCCCCAGACUGUCCCAACUGGGGGAAAGGCCCUGACAGACAGGUUCCAGCCCCCGGUCCCCACUCACCCUGACACGUCCUCAGACGUGCGCCGCAGGCUGUCUGCAGAUGUGGUGCCCGCCAGCCUGGGCGUGCCCCCCCCCACCCCUGGCAGCACCACCCCCUGCUCCUCGGACACCGGCUUCAGCGAGCAGCGCCUGGACACGCCCCCGUCUUCUCUGGGGGGGCCCUACACUCCGGGGUCUUCUGCUUCUUCCCAGGGGGGCACACCCUACACCCCCCGUUCCGGGACCCCUUUCUCCCAGGAUUCGGGCUUCUCCAGCAGACAUGGAAGUGUGGGUUUUGGUGGCAACAGCUACCCCCCUCCGGACCUGCUUCCCUCUUCCUCCUGCUCUUCUUCUGCUGUGUCCUCCUCUUCCUCCAUCGGAGGGUACAAGACUUCCCGUUACCAUGAUGACCCUCACGCCCUGCCCCAGGAACAUCUCCCCUACCACAGGGGACGCCCUUCCUACCCCCCUGUCGCCCCCUACCGCCCCAACGAGCCGCCGGCUUACCCCCCCUUCUCCAACCCCGGAGGGGGCGGCCCGCACAUGCAGCUUCACCCUCCAUUUCCCCCCCCGCCUCCCAGCUCACAGUACGACCCGCCCCCCCACUCAGAGCGGGAGCGUGAGCGGGAGCGGGAGAGAGAGAGGGAGAGGGAAAGAGAGAGGGAGAGAGAGAGGGAGAGGGAACGGGACAGAGAGCGGGAGAGAGAGAGGGAGCGAGAGAGAGACCCGGUGGGGAGAUACGGCUCAGGGAUUGGCUCCCGGCGGUCUUCCUACCAUCACUACCCGCAGGACACAAACUCCUCCUCUUCCUCCUCCUCCUCCUCCUCCAAGGCGUACCACUCGCACCACCACCACUCAGAGCGGCGUGAGGAGCGGGGCCACCGCAGCGGCUCCGCCUCCCGCUCUGGGGACCACGCCCACCAGAGGCACCGCAACCACCACCACUCCCACAACCACCACAGCGCCGGCGGCCGCCGCAGGGCCAGCCACGACCGCGACCGCGACAGGGACCGGGACCGCGCCCGCGAGACUGAGCACCCCAACAGCCACCCCAACUCUGGCUCGGGACACCCCUCCUCCUCCUCCAACAGCCUCUCCCCGCCCCCUUCCACACACCCCUACCCCUCCUCCAAAGAGCAGCCCGCACUGCCGCCCCACGAGCCGGCCCCGCCCUCACGCCUGGAGCCUCCGGCGGUCUUCCGUCCGCCGGCGGGCGCUGCGAGCGACAAGGACUACCGGCUCCUCCCUCACCACACCUCCCUCCCGCCCCCGCCCCCCCUGCCCCCUGCCUCCGUCAUCGCCGCCGCUGUGGCCGAGUCGUACGGCUCCAUGGACUUCGGCCAGGAGAGCCCCGAGAAGGAGCAAUGGGUACGGCCCAAGAGGAGGCCCACCACGCCGCCCUCCCCCCCACCCCCGCAGGCUGCGGCGUCCGCCCCCUCCCCGCCGCACCCCUGCAUCACCUCCUCCUCGUCCCCCUCCUCCACCUCCCGCCCCCUUUCCCCCUCCCUGCCGCCCCUGCAGCGGAGCUCGUCCUCCCCCGAGCCCGACUCCACCAAUGAGAGCCUGCCGUUCGUGUACCACAGCAGCAGCCUGGACUCGCGCAUCGAGAUGCUGCUGAAGGAACAGAAGGCCAAGUUCUCCUUCCUGGCCUCCGACGACGAGGAAGACGAGCGCAAGGGCGAGGAGGAGGCCGGGCCGUGUGCGGGAGCGGGAGCGGGCAGGGCCGCGGCCAGAGGAGCCGGGGCCCCGGCGGCGGGCCCCGAGGGCAGGAAGUGGAAGCAGAAGGAGGGCGAUGCCGACGGGGACAGAAACAGGCGGAGAGAGGGUCUGGCCCAGCAGGACGGAGGCAGGCCACGUCGGAAGGGAGAGAGGGAGAGAGAACGCGACGCGCGGCGCAGGAGAGGGAGGAAGGAGGGGGCGGAGAGCAAGAGGAGCCCUGCACAGGCGGCUGCCACCCCUUCCUCUGCCUCCUCGGCCCAAUCCCCGCCCCCUGACUCCGCCCCCACGCUGCCCAGCCACAUCGAGUCCACGCACUCCGGACCGACCGACCCCCGCAGGAGACCUGCGGCUAACACGCCCCCGACCUACAACGGGCAGGGCCAGCAGUCCCCGCGGUCCUCUGGGGAGGACAUGGAGAUCUCGGACGAGGACGACGGGAACGCCAUGGCGACCGGCGGCACGACCGCGCCCCCCUCGUCUUCCCCCGCCGCCCCGUCUCAGGUGGCCCCGCCCCCUCAGCCGUCCGACCCGACCUCCUCCCCGGCCCCGCCCCCUCCUCUCGCUGACUUCGGGGUAGUCCUGCCCCCGUUCCCGGCCCACCUGCCCCCCCCGCCCCCCGGCUUCCCCCCGCCCCACAUGGAGCUGCACCCGGAGUACCCGCCCCCGCUGCCGCCCCCCAUGUUCGAUUACGCGAGCUCCAUGGAGCUGAUUGGCCAGUACUGCGGCGGGGCGCCCAUGUCCUUCCAGAUGCAGACGCAGAUGCUGAGCCGGCUGCACCAGCUCCGCCUGGCCUCCAGCCCCACCCCUGCCCCGGAGGCCCCGCCCAAUGAGUACCCGCCCUCCUACCCCCCUGGCCCCUUCCCCCCACCCCCCUACAUGGACCAAGAGGGUGCCGCCGCGCGCUACGAUCAGGACCACCGCUACAUGCCCCCGCCCCUGCCCUACGCCUAUCCGCCCGACCCCCACAACCCCCAGCUGCCCCCGCCGCCCCCGCCCCCGCGCCACCAUGGCCUGCCCCCGCCCCCCCCCUCCUCCUGGCCCGCCCACCUCGCGCCCCCUCACUUCCCCUCCUUCCCCCCGCCCCCGCCCCCGUUCGGCCCCUCGUACGUGCCGCAGUUCACUGAGGGCCAGGCCCAGCACCCCCACGAGGCCACGGUGCAGAUGGCCCUCGCCACACUCAUCCAGGAGAUGAAGAGCAUCAUGCAGAGGGACCUGAACCGCAAGAUGGUGGAGAACAUCGCCUUCGGCACCUUCGACGAGUGGUGGGAGAGGAAGGAACGCAAGGCCAAGCCCUUCCAGACGGCAGUGCGGGGCCCAGCAGCGCUGCGAGAGGAGGAGAAGAAGGAGGAGAAGCCAAGCGGCCGGCCGCGGGAGCCCCUGCUUUCCCUGGUGGACUGGGCCAAGAGUGGCGGCCUGGAGGGCUUCUCCCUCAGAGGGGCGCUCCGACUGCCUUCCUUCAAGGUGAAGAGGAAAGAGAUCACAGAUGGAGGGGAACUGAAGAGGCCCCGUCCUUCCACCCUGCCCGACGAAGAAGAAGAAGAUCUGUACCCGGAGAAAGGCUCUGGGGCCGCCGGGGGGCUUGAAGGCCCUGGGGCUGAGAUGGCCGGGAGGAGGAGGAGGAGGGCAAAGAGGAUGAAGAGGCAGAAAAGUCUGGGACUGGACAGCGGGGGCGAAGAGACGUCAGACGGGUCCUCCUCGGACAAGGAGGAUGAUGAUGAUGAAGACAGCGAUAAAGAGGACGAUUCUGAAGACGAGGUCGUGAGCGGGGACAGCGAGGACGAGAGCUCCUCCUCCUCUUCCUCAGAGAGCUCUUCCUCCUCCUCGUCUUCAUCGCCCUCCUCGUCGGAGGAUGAAGAGGACGAGGAGGAGGAGGGUGAGAGAGCCGGGGAGAGCGAGGGCCUGGACACGAUGGAUGAGUCGACGAUGGACAGCACGUUACAGGACCGAGAGAAAGACGAGAGGGAAAGGGAGCGUCUCAGCCAAUCGGGAGCAGCUGCUGCUUCCAAGGUCGUGGGCUUGGGACCCUCCCAGAGUGCUGUGGUCCAAUCAGUGAAAACAGAGGCGGAAGCAGAGGCAAAAGAAACGGCCGCCCCUCCAGACUGCCCCCCUCCGGACUGCCCCCCUCCGGUCCCUCGGCCCUCCUCCCCGAUCUUGCUCCUCCCUCCCCUGAAGAAGCGGCGCAAGACCGUGUCCUUCUCCACCGAGGAGGUGGAGACUCCGCCCCCGCCAGCCCGCUCCCCGCCCUCCUCCUACCCCGCACACGCCCUCCUCCUCUCCCCCGUCCGCGCCCAGCUGCCGGAGUCCAUCCUCACCCCUUCCGCCCUGGCCAAGCCCCUCCCUGUGCUCCUCCCCUUCGCGUCCAAGCCAGGCGAGGCUGCCUCGCUGUCCCCGUCCUGCCCCCCUCGGGCCCUCACCUUCCCGCCCGCCGUCCGCUCCCUGCGCCCGGAUGAGCCCCCCCCGAAGAGCCCCGGCCCGCCGGCCUCGCCCGCCAAGAGCCCCGCCCCGGCCAGCCCGUCCCCUCCGGCCGCCUGCCGCACCGUGCACAACCUCCCGCUCGACCACGCCUCCAUGGUCCGCCUGGCCUACGACGAGCCCGCCCCGGCGCAAAGGGGGCGGCCCCGGGGACGGCCCCGGACGGCCGGCCUGUCGGCCGCUCCGGCGACCGCCCCCAGCGAGCGGGAGGAGGAGGAGGAGCUCGGGGGCGCCUCCAGCCUGCUGCAGUUGGCCUCCGUGGCGCUGAAGCUGGAGCCCGAGACGCAGGACUCGGAGGAGACGGAGACGUCCGACGAGGCCGAGGAGAUGCAGCAGGAGAUGGAGCGGGAGCAGGCCGAGCCGCUCGGCCUCCAGGGCCUCCAGGUCCUGCAGGAGCACAACUACUCGCGGCUGCCCUUCGUCCCGGUGCUCCCUGGUCACAGGAAGGCCCGAGCCGACCCGCUCCCCGCCCACAUUGACCUCCACGCCGCGUCUGGCAUCCUGGAGGCGCCCGAGGAGGUGGUUGGGGAACCCCUGGCUAAGGGCGAGCCGGCCGAGCUCUGCCCGCCGCUGGAGGCUCUCUCCGGGGUCCCCGCGCUCGCUGAGACCGGGGCUGCUGAGGCCCAGGCCCCCACUGCCACCACGCCCCUGAGGAAGCGGGGAGCGGGGCCAGUGGAGGUGGAGGCUGAGCAGGAAGCCAUGGGGAAGGUCAAAGGGAGGAAGAAGAAGAGGAGGGAGAAGGAGCAACAGCAGAUGAAGAAGCAGAAGGAACGACAGAGCCGGAAACGGAGGAAGAAGCAGCUGGAGGAGCUGGACCCGGACGAGGAGGUGGACGUGGAGCAGCUGGAGCCCGGGGAGCUGAGCAACUCGGAGGAGGAGGAGGAGCAGCUGCAGGAGCGGCGGGAGGACCUGCGUAAGAGCGAGCGGCUCUUCCUGCAGCCGGCGCGGGCCAAGGCCGCCCCCCUCAGCCCCCGGCACCUCCCCCUGCCGUACGAGCAGCGCAGCGAGUUUGAGCAGAUGACCAUCCUCUACGACAUCUGGAACGUGGGCCUUGACACCGAGGACAUGCGGCUGCUGAAGAUGACCUACGAGAAGCUGCUUCAGGACGACCACAGCACCGACUGGCUCAACGACACCCACUGGGUCCACCACACCAUCACCAACAUCCCGAACCCGCGGCGCAAGAAGAAGAACCAGGACGAGCAGCUGCGGGAGCACCAGACGGGCUGUGCGCGCAGUGAGGGAUACUACGCCAUCAGCCGCAAGGAGAAGGACAUCUACCUCGACCUCGACCCCGUCACCUCCCUGGAGCCUGACUACGAUAACACGGGCACAAACCGCAUCCUGUCCGAGAGGCGCUCAGAACAGCGCCGGCUCCUCAGCGCCAUCGGGACCACGGCCGUCUUGGACUCGGACCUGCUCAAGCUCAACCAGCUGAAGUUCCGGAAGAAGAAGCUGCGUUUCGGCCGCAGCCGGAUCCACGAGUGGGGCCUGUUCGCCAUGGAGCCCAUCGCCGCGGACGAGAUGGUCAUCGAGUACGUUGGGCAGAACAUCCGACAGAUGGUGGCUGAUAAUCGAGAGAAGCGUUAUGCCCAGGAGGGCAUUGGCAGCAGCUACCUCUUCCGGGUGGACCACGACACCAUCAUCGACGCCACAAAGUGUGGCAACCUGGCUCGCUUCAUCAACCACUGCUGCACUCCCAACUGUUAUGCGAAGGUCAUCACCAUUGAGUCUCAGAAGAAGAUCGUCAUCUACUCCAAACAGCCCAUCGGCGUCAACGAGGAGAUCACCUACGACUACAAGUUCCCCAUCGAGGAGAACAAGAUCCCCUGCCUGUGCGGGACGGAGAACUGCCGUGGCACUCUCAACUAGAUCAGGACGGGGCUGAAGGGUUUACAGUGUCCCCAAUUGGUCCUCCCUCUUCUUUCUGCUGACCCAGCACCCCUCAAAAAUGCACACAAGACUUCCCCUUUUCCACCCUUUUUCCCCUCUACCCGAGCCCUGCCCUUGGGCAGGCCAGCCAAUUUAGCCCAGUUUUUGUGUUGUCUCUGCUUGAUUUGCGCCGUGCUUGGGUAGUCCGGCCCUGCAGUAUGGAGUAUUCCGGCCCUGCAGUUAUGGAGCAUUCCGGUUGUGCAGGAUGGAGCAUUCCGGUUGUGCAGGAUGGAGCAUUCCGGUUGUGCAGGAUGGAGCAUUCCGGUUAUGCAGGAUGGAGCAUUCCGGUUGUGCUGGAUGUGGUAUUUCAGUGCAGGGGAGGAGGGGAGGUAAUGCUAAUAACACGUUUGUCUCAAAAUAGUUGCUUAUGGGUCCUGCUCAAACCCUCCAGGGAAUUCAACAAAGCUCUUAAAUCUGGUGGUGUAGCAACCCUACAUCUAUAGCACCCCUCCCCCUGAAAAACAGAAACCCCCUUCGUCAGCAGACACACAGGCUAACUAAUGGGCACCAGAACACACACACACACCCAACCCGUAUCCGGACCGAAUAUGCAAGCUUCACAAAUCAAGAUUGCUCAUGGUUUUAUUCACAGUUGAGUAAAAGUUUUAAAUAAGUGUAAAUCAAGCUGUAAGUUAUCUUACAGUUAAGACAAAUUGAUUAGUGUCCACCGUUCGUAGUGCACAGUCCUGUACCACUCCCGUCUGUAAGCGUUCCUUUUUCUGGCGUGACUUUAAACCCAUUCCCCAGUUGGCACCUACACGCUAAGAAAAGGGUCUUUGAAGCUUUUGCCCAUUCUUUUUUUUUUUUUUUUGUUAUGUUGAAUAAAGUCUAGCCUCAGUUUAUUUAAAUACUACUAUUGCUUUAAUUUUAGUCUACAGAAUAGCAUAAGUGGGGGAACACUCUAAUUGUACUAUCCCCCCCUCUUGACAGCAAUGUUCAGUGUCAAUUCAGGGGCGAGUUGUACUGAUAACCCUGCUAACUCUGCGUGUUCCCGCUAAAUCUGCCUGUUCCGCGUUCCGCUAACUCUGCUCAUUCCUGUUAAGUCUGCUCGUUCUGCUAACUCUGCGCUAUCCUGCUAACUCUGCGCUUUCCCCACAAACGCUAACUCUGCGCGUUCCUGUUAACUCUGCAUGUUCCUGCUAACGCUAACUGUGCGUUCCUGUUAAGUCUGCUCGUUCUGCUAACUCUGCGCUUUCCCGCAAACUGCACUUUCCCGCUAACUCUCCCCGUUCCCUCUAGCUACGUGUUCCCGCUAACUCUACACGUUCCCGCUAACUCUGCGCAUUCCCGCUAACUCUGCGCAUUCCCGCUAACUCUGCGCUUUCCCCUUAACUCUGCAUGCAUGGCGGGACUGGAAGGGACAAGACUGGAACAUGCUGCUGCAUUUUCAGCACCGCAGGCGUCCCAUAGAUUUAAUCCACCAAUUCUGUGUUCUGUCCCACUUGUCUAAACGAAUGUGUGGCCUGGAAGCAGGGUACCUGUUUUUUCUUUUUUCACAUCCUCUUACUUUUUAAUGCAGUUUUUCUUUUUACUAAAUACUUUGAAGCAGCUUGACAGGCCAAGUUGAUCCUCUGCUCAUCCCAGAUAUAGAAUUUUUUUUUAUAUUUAUAUAUUUUUUUAUUUUGUAAAAGGGGAUUACCUUCCACAUAGGACACGAUGAAGGACAAAAGUGUGCCUCUGCCAUCAUUGAUCUGGAAACAUGAUAGUGUCCUAGCUGUCCCUAGUGCCCCCCUGAUUUCUGGGAUUGAGAAGGCUGAGUCCGAUCUGUCUGGUGCGCUGUGUCAGCCAAAGUGUCAAUAGUUUCUCAGCUUGUACUUUAAAUUUAAGCAUUUUGUUCAAAAAGAGGUGACCUGUAAGAUGCUUCUAAUGGCAGCAGAAGCCUUUCAGUACAAAGAAACCCACAGAAUUAUAACAGGAAAAAAGUUCCAAGAAUUAAGUGUAAAUAUUGUAGUGUUUGUUUCUCGUAGAAACACACUGGUAUCAGUCUGUAAAUACGUUCUUCUUCCUUUCCUACUCCCAGAAAGUGUACAUACCUUUCCAUUUGGUUCUUAUUUUUGUUUUCACAUUUUAAUUGAUUUAUUAUUUUAAUAUUAUUUGCAAUAUUUCUCUUGUAUUAAUGCGUUGGAUCCUUUAUUAAUGGUGCAUUAAAAUAUUUUUUAAAAAAAGGAA